ACUCGGGCCGCCGCGCUGCCGGCUUAACCCUUUGGGCACCCAGCUGUCACGGCCGGGCCGGGCCGGGCCGCGCGGGGCGGGGCAUUGCCGUGGGCACCGGCCGGCAGGCGGCGGCGGCCUGACCCGGGAUCCGCGGCGCGGGGCCCGCGUGGAGGCCGAGCAGCCCGGACCGGCAGAUCCACCGGCCGCGGCGCGCCUGGGGGCCGGGAUGCGGCCGCGGCUAGGGCUGCGGGGCAGCUCCGGGGCCAGGGCUUGCGGGAGGCUGCGGGGUAGCGGCUGAAGUACCGGCACUCGCGCUGUUUCUCGCGGCGCCGAAGCCCUCCCGCGCAGGGGCCCGCGCCUCAGCAGCCGGUGGCCUUGCAAGCGGCCUGCGUCUCCUCCGCGCAUCCCGCAGAGCGCGAGGAGACCGGGGGGUCGGGCCUGACCUCGGCGCCCCCUCCCCAGCCGCGGCCUGACAGCCCAGACGCCGGUGCUUUCGACUAGGAGUCAAGCUGGGGCCCCAGUGGGACGAAGGCAAAAGAGUGGUGCUUGGGGGCCACCAGCCAAGGGACCUGGGGAUUGCCGGUGCAGGGAAGAGCGGACAAGCCCCUAAAGGAAGGGCAGGCCCCAAGAUUUGCCAGGUUUCAGAAGGAGGGAUGCCCAAGAAAGGCACUGGCCGCUUAUUUUCUGUGCUGGGUGUUGACCUGACACUCAUGGGAAAAGGUCACUGCUGGACACCUGGAUCGGGUCUGUCAUGUCCAGAGGAAGCGGCUGUUUUGCCACCUGCCUGCUCAUCUGCGCCCUGAGCACCCUGACUGUGCUAUCCCGCAGGCCAUGGAGAACGAGCUGCCAGCCCCCCACACGUCCAGCAGCGCAAGUGUCGCCAACAGUGCUGGCGGCGUCAGUAGCAGCAGUGGCGGCAGUGGCCGCCCCACGGGGCCCCAGGUUUCCGUGUACAGUGGCAUUCCUGACCGGCAGACAGUGCAGGUGAUCCAGCAGGCCCUGCACCGGCAGCCCAGCACGGCGGCCCAGUACCUGCAGCAGAUGUACGCGGCCCAGCAGCAGCACCUCAUGCUGCAGACGGCGGCCCUGCAGCAGCAGCAUCUCAGCAGCGCCCAGCUCCAGAGCCUCGCGGCCGUGCAGCAGGCAAGCCUGGUGGCCAACAGACAAGGGAGCACUUCGGGCAGCAGUGUGUCUGCACAGGCCCCCGCCCAGUCGUCCUCGAUCAACCUGGCAGCCUCCCCAGCAGCGGCCCAGCUCAUCAACCGGGCUCAGAGUGUCAACUCGGCAGCAGCCUCGGGCAUCGCCCAGCAGGCUGUGCUCUUGGGCAACACAUCUUCUCCGGCCCUGACUGCAAGCCAAGCACAGAUGUAUCUGCGGGCACAGAUGCUCAUCUUCACGCCCACGGCCACCGUCGCUACUGUGCAGCCUGAGCUCGGCACUGGCUCCCCCGCCCGGCCCCCCACCCCCGCCCAGGUACAGAACUUGACCCUCCGAACACAGCAGACACCAGCUGCAGCAGCCUCGGGUCCUACCCACACUCAGCCUGUCCUGCCCAGCUUGGCCCUGAAGCCCACCACAGCAGGUGGUAGCCAGCCUCUGGCUACCCCAUCACAGGGCAGAAACACUGCUCAGGGUUCCCCUGCAGGUGCCAAGCCUGGCAUAAGUGACAGUGUGAUGGAGCCACUCAAGAAAGGAGAUAGCAACGGCAGUGUGCCAGGGAGCUUGGAGGGCCGGGCUGGGCUCAGCCGGAUGGUGCCCGCUGUGGCCACCCACCCCCUCAUUGCACCAGCCUAUGCUCAGCUGCAGCCACACCAGCUCCUCUCCCAGCCGUCCUCAAAGCACCUGCAACCCCAGUUUGUGAUCCAGCAGCAGCAGCAGCAACCAGCACAGCAGCAGCCGCAGCCCCAGCCAUCACGGCUGGUGGUCCAAGACCCGUCCCACCCCCAGCUGGCCUCGGUCCCUCCGAGCCUGGCCCUGCAACCCAGCCCCGAAGCCCAUGCCAUGCCGCUAGGCCCAGUCUCAUCCGCCUUGCCUCUCCAGUGCCCCGCUGCCAAUCUGCACAAGCCUGGCAGCGCUCAGCCGUGUCACCCUCCCACGCCAGAUGCUGGGCCUCACAAUGGAUACCCCGAGGGCCUGUCCCACACGCCUCAGCGCAGGUUCCAGCACGCCUCGGCUGUCAUCUUACAACUACAGCCUGCUUCACCAGUGCCCCAGCAGUGCACCCCCGAUGACUGGAAGGAAGUGGUACCUGGGGAGAAGAGUGGGCCCGAGACCCGGUCUGGCCCAUCACCGCAUCAGCAAGCCAUCGUCACCGCCAUGCCAGGUGGCCUGCCUGUACCCAAGAGCCCGAACAUCCAGCAGUCCCCAGCUCACGAAAUAUUGACUAGGACCCGACUGAAGACACAUGCCCUGUCCGCAGAGACAGGGCAGGGCAUUGUUCAUGCACUGACCGACCUCAGCAGUCCCGGCAUGACCUCAGGGAACGGAAACUCUGCCUCCAGCAUCACCGGCACUGCCCCCCAGAAUGGUGAGAAUAAACCACCACAGGCCAUUGUGAAACCCCAAAUCCUGACGCAUGUUAUCGAAGGGUUUGUGAUCCAGGAGGGGGCGGAGCCUUUCCCGGUGGGACGCUCGUCCCUGCUGGUGGGGAAUCUCAAGAAGAAGUAUGCACAGGGGUUCUUGCCUGAGAAACUUCCGCAGCAGGACCAUACCACCACCACUGACUCGGAGAUGGAGGAGCCCUAUCUGCAAGAAUCCAAAGAGGAGGGUACUCCCCUCAAACUCAAGUGUGAGCUCUGUGGCCGGGUGGACUUUGCCUACAAGUUCAAGCGUUCCAAGCGCUUCUGUUCCAUGGCUUGUGCAAAAAGGUACAAUGUGGGAUGCACCAAACGAGUGGGCCUUUUCCACUCGGACCGGAGCAAGCUGCAGAAGGCGGGAGCCACGACCCACAACCGCCGUCGGGCCAGCAAAGCCAGUCUGCCAUCACUUACCAAGGAUACCAAGAAGCAGCCAACAGGCACUGUACCCCUUUCAGUUACUGCUGCAUUGCAGCUAACACACAGCCAGGAAGACUCCAGCCGUUGCUCAGAUAACUCAAGCUACGAGGAACCCUUGUCACCUAUCUCAGCCAGCUCGUCCACCUCCCGCCGGCGACAAGGCCAGCGGGACCUGGAGCUCCCUGACAUGCACAUGCGGGACCUGGUGGGCAUGGGACACCACUUCCUGCCAAGUGAGCCCACCAAAUGGAACGUGGAAGAUGUCUACGAAUUUAUCCGCUCUCUGCCAGGCUGCCAGGAGAUAGCAGAGGAAUUCCGUGCCCAGGAAAUCGACGGGCAAGCCCUGCUGCUGCUCAAGGAGGACCACCUGAUGAGUGCCAUGAACAUCAAGCUGGGGCCCGCCCUCAAGAUCUACGCGCGCAUCAGCAUGCUCAAGGACUCCUAGGGCUGGCCAGGCGCGGGGUUCCAGCCCCGGGCUCCCCUCCCGACUGAGCAGAGCCAGCGGACACUCCUGGGGGCCCAGAAAUGGGGCCAGUCAAGGGAGGGGGCCCUCCCCGUGCGGCGCGGCUGGGGAGGAGGUCUCGCACCUCCUCGGUGGCUCUCAGGGGCCUUUCUUUCUGUGGGAGGGGCAGAGAGGUAGGUGGCGCAGAAGAUGGGGCUUUAUGCUUGUAAAUAUUGAUAGCACUGGCUUCCUCCAAAGUCCCACUACUCGGCCCCGCUCUCUUCCCCUCUCUCUGUCCCCCAUUUUCCAGGGGGUAUACAGUCAGGGCUCCCAACCUGAGUUGGGUCACUUCCCAGGGCAGCCGUCAGGCCUGCAUAGAGGCCUCGGAAGCCCUUGCCUGCCUUCCUCCACUUCUUUCUCCGGGCCCAGCUGACUUCUGUUGCCAGCUUCUCCCACUUCAGCCUGUUUCUGAAGCGGCCAGAAGGAUUCUCUCCCUUCACCCUCUGCAGGUGCAGGGAGAGAAGCUGGGCCCAGUUUGGCCACGCCUGCUGGCACAGACGCCUUAACGCUGUGUGUGUGACUGUGUGACUGUGUGGGAGCCUGGACUGACAGACAGGCCGAGAGCCACCCUCUGGCAUCUCCAGGUGUUUUGUAGCAAACAGCCACUUAGUGCUUUGUCCUGGACUCCACUCAGCCUCAGGAUGGGGAAUAGGAAAGAAGGGCUGCCUCAGUGCAGAGGCAAGAUCAGAACAUGAUGAAGAUUAGUAGGAGGUUUUCCUUUCCAGAUGGCCGAGGUGUCCCCGCAGCCCCUUCCUGCACUGUGACGUCCCCCUGACUGCCCUGCUGUGUCACAGAUGGCAUUAAGGAAGCUGCUGGUGGGCUGGGCCAGGCUGCGCCUCCGGGUCCACCUGCCUGUCCGCCCUGGGAGCCCAGUGGUGGGGCCCAGAGAACGUCCAAGGGCAGAAGAGCUGGAAUGACUGCUGAGGUGAGGGAGGCAGCCUGCGGCCUCCACUCCCACACGUCUUUGCCUCUGGAACUUGCUGGCAGCAGUUUGAGCUGCCUGUGGAGGAGGCAGGGCAGGAAGGGCGAGGGCCUGCCUCCGACUUGCCCUGUCCUCUGCAGGCUCCUGGGGAGAGUGGCAAGCUCCUGGGGAGGGUGGGUGCCCUUCUCAGCUUGUUCUGGUCCCCACUCACACCCCCAGGCAGGGUUGGAAAUGAAGGACUUUUUUAACCUUUUGUUUUUGUUUUUUAAAAAUAAAUCCGUAAAAUCUG